GGCCUUUGGGGAGCCCAUCAAUUCACAACAGCCCCACAAUGUGCUCCCUGGAGCAUGUGGAUCUGGGAAUGAAUGAGCCACCAACUUCAUUGGAGCAGCCACCGCCAUCCCCAGACCUAGAGGACAAUGAGGAUGAUGCUGAUGUACCGGCACUGGACCCAAAUGUACCCUAUCCUGACUUGGCCCCGGUGGUUUUCUUCUGCCUAAAACAGACGACCAGCCCUCGUAGCUGGUGCAUCAAGAUGGUGUGCAAUCCCUGGUUUGAAUGUCUCAGCAUGAUGGUAAUCCUACUAAACUGUGUCACACUUGGAAUGUAUCAACCCUGUGAUGAUAUGGAUUGCCUCUCCAACAGAUGUAAAAUUUUGCAAGUGUUUGAUGACUUCAUUUUUAUCUUCUUUGCUAUGGAAAUGGUGCUGAAGAUGGUGGCCCUGGGGAUAUUUGGCAAGAAAUGCUACCUUGGAGAUACCUGGAACCGCCUAGAUUUCUUCAUUGUUAUGGCUGGGAUGGUGGAAUAUUCCCUGGAUCUUCAAAAUAUUAACUUGUCUGCAAUUCGCACUGUACGAGUUCUGAGGCCCCUUAAAGCCAUUAACCGAGUGCCUAGCAUGCGAAUAUUGGUGAAUUUGCUCUUGGACACAUUACCCAUGCUGGGGAAUGUUCUCCUUCUCUGCUUCUUUGUCUUCUUCAUCUUUGGCAUCAUCGGUGUACAGCUGUGGGCUGGUCUACUGAGGAAUCGCUGUUUCAUGGAUGAGAACUUGACAAUCCAAGGUAACAUCACUCUUCCUCCCUAUUAUCAACCUGAGGAGGAUGAUGAAAUGCCCUUCAUCUGUUCACUGUCAGGCGAUAAUGGUAUCAUGGGCUGUCAAGAGAUACCCCCACUCAAAGAACGGGGCCACGUGUGCUGCUUGGACAAGGACGACUACUUCUACUAUACCUCGGUCAGGCAGGAGUUCAACGUCAGUGGCAUGUGUGUUAACUGGAACCAGUAUUACAAUGAGUGUCGUACAGGCAAUGCCAAUCCACACAAAGGGGCAAUCAACUUUGAUAAUAUUGGCUAUGCGUGGAUUGUUAUAUUCCAGGUGAUCACUCUGGAAGGAUGGGUGGAGAUUAUGUAUUAUGUGAUGGAUGCUCAUUCAUUCUACAACUUCAUUUACUUCAUUUUGCUGAUCAUUGUGGGGUCCUUUUUUAUGAUUAACCUGUGCCUAGUAGUCAUUGCCACCCAAUUUUCCGAGACCAAGCAACGAGAACACCAACUGAUGCAGGAGCAGCGAGCACGGUACCUGUCCUCCAGCACUGUGGCCAGCUAUAUGGAACCAGGAGAUUGUUAUGAAGAGAUCUUCCAAUAUGUCUGCCACAUUGUUCGUAAAGCUAAGCGUCGCACCCUUGGCUUCUACAACAGCCUGCAGGAUCGUCGUCUCGGUCCAACCGAACCAGGCACUGCCAAACAGAGAGUGAAUGGAAAAGAACGGAAACAAUACUCACGUUGCCGGAAACAUUCUUCUAUUGAUUACAUGCCUCAAGGACUUGGUCAGCCUACUACCAAGACACUGGUCUCGGAAGCCAGCAACUGCCCCAAAUGUUACAAGACCCAGCAGGAAGCAACCCAAAGACUUUCUGUGCUUGAUAGUGUCAAUUCAGAUCCGGAAGAUGGAGAAAAAGUCUGUGACCAAGAGGGAGAUGGCGGGAAAGGAGUCAUGGAGUCUAACACGGAUUUGGAAAAAGAAGAGGAUGAUGGAGAAGAGAGAGGACAGCUCAUGCUUUGCAAUGAUAUGUGGCAAGAAGUAAGAGUCAAAUUGAGGGGAAUUGUGGAUAGCAAAUACUUCAACCGUGGAAUAAUGAUUGCAAUCCUCGUAAAUACCAUCAGCAUGGGCAUUGAGCAUCAUGAACAGCCAGAGGAGCUGACAAAUAUUUUGGAAAUUUGCAAUGUUGUGUUUACCAGCAUGUUUGCCCUGGAGAUGAUUUUGAAACUUGCCGCCUUUGGUCUCUUUGAUUACCUUCGCAACCCAUACAACAUUUUUGACAGUAUCAUUGUCAUCAUCAGCAUCUGGGAGAUUGUAGGUCAGGCUGAUGGUGGCCUCUCAGUGCUGAGGACAUUCCGGCUACUGAGGGUGCUGAAACUGGUGAGAUUCAUGCCUGCGUUGCGGCGCCAACUUGUGGUACUGAUGAAGACAAUGGAUAAUGUAGCAACCUUCUGCAUGCUCCUCAUGCUCUUUAUCUUUAUCUUCAGCAUCCUUGGAAUGCACAUCUUUGGUUGUAAAUUUAGUCUUAGAACUGACACAGGAGACACAGUCCCUGACCGGAAAAACUUUGACUCCUUACUUUGGGCCAUUGUCACUGUAUUCCAGAUCUUGACACAGGAGGAUUGGAAUGUUGUACUUUAUAAUGGCAUGGCCUCAACCUCCCCAUGGGCAUCACUUUAUUUUGUGGCUCUCAUGACCUUUGGAAACUAUGUUCUCUUCAACCUACUGGUGGCGAUCCUAGUGGAGGGAUUCCAGGCAGAGGUCUUUGCAUUUAUUUUCCCAAUGCAGGGUGAUGCUAACCGCUCAUAUUCCGAUGAGGACCAGAGUUCAUCAAAUAUUGAAGAAUUUGACAAGUUCCAGGAUAGUUCAGAUCCAAAGCUUUGUGCAAUUCCCAUGACUCCAAAUGGACAUCUUGACCCCAGUCUUCCUUGUCUAAACCAGCCUGGGGCAAGUGCUGGAAUGAUGAAUCCAUCCCUCAAUACUCUGCCGUCAGAUAUCCUCAUGGCCCUUGAAUCUCGGAAAAACAGUGUGAUGUCUUUAUCUAGCUCCCGUAGCUCUCAUCACCACGGGACUCGGUACCAUAGCGGAGGCUGGGGAAGCAGACGUUCCAGUUGGAACAACCUUACUCGAGGACAUAGCCUCAAACACAAGCCUUUUUCAGCUGAACAUGAAUCACUUCUAUCUGGGGAGCGGCACACGAUAACAGAGGCAGAAGGAGAAAGGCCAGUAAUUCACCAUCAUCGACGUACAUUUUCAUUGGAUACCAAAGAUUCCUCUGAAUUGGAAUUGGCUCCAGCAGUCUCAUCCGGGCACAAGCCAUCAUGGAAGAUAGGAGUGACUCUAGGGUCAAACAAGCACCAGGACUGCAAUGGUAAAAUGCCCACAAUCGCUAAGGAUAUCUUUCCAGAAAUGAACAAUCGGAAAGACCAUGGAGAAGAUGAUGAAGAGAUAGAUUAUAGCCUGUGUUUCCGUAUAAAGAAGAUGAUAGAGGCCUACAAGCCAGAUUGGUGUGAGUUGCGGGAAGAUUGGUCCAUCUAUUUAUUCUCACCAGAAAACAAAUUUCGCAUUCUCUGCCAAACUAUCAUUGCUCACAAGCUAUUUGAUUAUAUCGUCCUGGCCUUCAUUUUCUUGAACUGUGUUACUAUUGCCUUGGAGAGACCUGAGAUUGAACAGAGGAGCACAGAGAGAAUCUUCCUCACGGUGUCCAAUUACAUCUUCACAGCAAUCUUUGUUGCUGAGAUGACACUGAAGGUAGUCUCUCUUGGUCUGUAUUUUGGAGAACAGGCCUACCUACGCAGUAGUUGGAAUAUCUUGGAUGGCUUUUUGGUGUUUGUAUCCAUUAUUGAUAUCGUAGUUUCGGUAGCCUCUGCUGGAGGAGCCAAAAUCCUAGGAGUGCUAAGAGUCCUCCGACUUCUGCGCACUUUACGCCCCCUGAGGGUCAUCAGCCGUGCUCCAGGUUUGAAGCUGGUGGUUGAAACUCUCAUUUCAUCACUCAAGCCUAUUGGAAAUAUUGUCCUCAUCUGCUGUGCUUUCUUUAUCAUCUUUGGAAUUCUUGGAGUGCAGCUUUUCAAAGGAAAAUUCUACCAUUGCCUGGGUGUUGAUAUCCGAAAUAUCACAAAUAGGUCUGACUGCAUGGCUGCCAAUUACAAAUGGGUCCAUCAAAAAUACAACUUUGACAAUCUGGGCCAGGCUUUGAUGUCACUCUUUGUUCUGGCUUCCAAAGAUGGCUGGGUUAAUAUUAUGUACAAUGGAUUGGAUGCUGUGGCUGUGGAUCAACAGCCAGUGACCAACAACAACCCUUGGAUGCUACUUUACUUCAUUUCUUUCUUACUCAUCGUCAGCUUCUUCGUGCUCAACAUGUUUGUAGGGGUGGUGGUGGAGAAUUUCCACAAGUGUCGGCAACACCAAGAAGCUGAAGAGGCCCGGAGGCGGGAAGAAAAGCGUUUGAGGCGCCUGGAGAAGAAGCGUAGGAGUAAGGAAUUACCUAAGUGGUUUUUUUGUCUGUUUGUUGGUAAUCUUGGACUUCUCUUCAUGCUCCUUUUUUUCAUCUACGCUGCUCUAGGAGUGGAGCUUUUUGGCAAACUUGUAUGCAAUGAUGAGCACCCAUGUGAAGGAAUGAGCCGCCAUGCCACCUUUGAGAAUUUUGGAAUGGCCUUCCUCACCCUUUUCCAGGUUUCCACUGGUGACAACUGGAAUGGCAUUAUGAAGGAUACACUACGUGACUGCACUCAUGAUGAUCGGAGCUGCCUGAGCAACCUACAGUUCAUCUCUCCACUCUACUUUGUUAGCUUCGUGCUCACAGCCCAAUUUGUCCUCAUCAAUGUUGUAGUAGCUGUCCUUAUGAAGCACCUAGAUGACAGCAACAAGGAAGCACAGGAGGAUGCAGAAAUGGAUGCUGAGAUUGAGCUUGAGAUGGCACAUGGAUUGUGCCCUCAUAGCAUGAGCUCAUUGAAUCCUGGACAAGAUGGAGGAGGUGGGAGAAAGGAGUCUGAAGGACAUCUAUGCAUGACAUGUUACUCUCCAGCACAGGAGAACUUAUGGCUGGACAGUGUGUCUUUAAUAAUUAAAGACUCCUUCGACGGGGAGUUAAUGAUCAUCGAUAACCUAUCGGGCUCCGUCUUCCAUCAUUACUCCUCGCCGGCCAUGUGCGAGAAGUGUAACCAUGACAAGCAAGAGAUCCAGCUGGCUGAAAUGGAGGCCUUAUCGCUCAAUUCUGAUAAGUCUUCUAUCCUGCUAGGAGAUGAUGGAGAUAGUUCCAACGUUGACCAGCCAAGUCCUAAGGAAAAGGAUGGUGAAGACAGUCCUAAUUCUACAAGGAAUACAGGCUUGGAAGAAUGUCUCUUCCCUUUAACAAAUACAGGACCUUCUCUGCCUCCAGAAAACUACCAGUACGAAAUGGAAAAAAUCCCUUUCAGUCAAGCUCAGUCUUGGCUAAAUAAUGAGACCAAUGAAGUUGAAACAGAGUUUUUUCUCCCUGCUGUUUCUGCUAAACUGUCAAGUCAGGAGAAAGCAUCUUGUCCAGAGAACCUUCCUAAAAUCUCUCUGCAAGCUUCCUGGGCCUCACUGCAAUCUCCAAAUGUAAACUCCUCACUUAUUCACCAGACCACAGAGAGUGACACUUCCCUUGAUGAUGGCAGGAGCAAUAGUUCAGAAGGCAGCUUGCAGACCACACUGGAAGACAGUUUAAACCUUAGUGACUCACCCCAGUGCGCCCUAGACCUCCCGGUAGUAUUAUGCCCAGUGCCAGCAGCCACCCAAAAAGCUUUGGUGGUCCCACUUUCCCCUGCCUCCCGAAGGCAAAGCAUAAGGGGCCGUGGCAUCUUUACUCUCCAGAACAUCAGGAGGCACCAGCGGAGCCACAGCAGUGGAGGAAGCACUAGUCCGGGUUGUACUUAUCAUGAUUCCAUGGACCCUUCUGAUGAAGAAGGGAUUGGGAGCAGCCUAAGGGGAGGAGGCAACAGCAGUGAGCAGUCAGAGACCCUCAGCAGUUUCUCUCUGACUUCUCUCUUUUCACCACCUCCUCCAUCUCAAGCUCUGGCACUUGUGAAGAAGUGCAACAGCACCAGCAGUCUCCAUGCCAACUCUUCUUCACGGAGUUCUGCAUCAAACGAAGCCAAGCAGUUCUACUCAGUUGACCCAAGGGGUUUUUUAUCCAUGCCAUCUUGGGUGACAGACUUCUGCAAGAACAGCCCUUCUCCGAGAGAGGGUGGUGUACCAGAGGGCUUGGACAAAAUUGGGACUCCAGACCACAGCCCCCCGGUUCCUUCUGAGUUGCAACUGGGGACCAGAGUCAGCAAGAGACAUAGAUGA